AUGCCUACUUUCACAAGACUUGUGCGGUUUUCCGCCGGCUCGCAAUCUCACUAUGGAGAUCUCCUGGCCUUUACGGACGGGAAGUAUACGGUCCGGAAGCUGAACGGAAACCCGUUCACGAAACUGGAAACUACAGAGGAGACUGUCCAGAUUGACACACUUGAGUGUCCACUCGAAAGUACCCCGGUCAUCGUUUGCAUCGGACUGAAUUACAACCAGCAUGCGAAGGAGGCGAAUGUCAGUAUUGGGCAUCUUCCUAUCCCUACUUACCCUGCCGUGUUCACCAAGCCCGCUGACGCACUUGCCGGACCCUUUGAAGCAAUUGACAUACACCCCGACGCCCGCGAGCUUCUCGACUACGAGGGUGAAUUGACCAUUGUGAUCGGUAUAGACGCAAAAAACGUGUCGGAGGAAGAUGCUUUGGAUUAUGUCUUGGGAUAUACAGCUGGAAACGAUCUAUCGGCUCGAAAUUUCCAGCUGCCUGAAGCCUCUGGGGGCCAGUUCUGCUACGCCAAAUCCUUCGAUCGAUUUGCGCCCGUUGGCCAUGUGAUUGUGGCCGCAUGCGAGAUUCCAGACCCCCAGGCACUGAAGCUGACUACCAAGGUCAACGGGAUUGUCAAGCAAGAGACCAGCACCGGUGACAUGAUCUGGAGUGUCCGUCAUAUUAUUAGCCACCUUUCCCGGGGCACAACCCUCCGAAAGGGCACCAUGAUUAUGACGGGCACUCCAUCUGGUGUAGGUUAUUUCCGGAAGGAGUUCCUUAAGCAUGGAGAUAUUGUUGAGGUGGAGAUUGAGGGAGUUGGAGCAACCAAGAACCGGGUUCGCCACAACUGA